AACAGCACUCGCCUGCCAUUUUUCAGUGAGAAAGGCACAUCUAUCGUACCAGCCAGGUAUUCUACUUUCAGGCCAGGAUUGGUUGGCCUUUCGGACCUCGUUUUACCAUGACAGAAAGUGACAAUGUAAACAGAAGCAAUUUAACACUAUUGUGUAGCUUCUAACACCUUAUUUCCCUGACAGUCCCUCAAUUUUCCACACCGAUUUUUACCGGAGAGUGCAUGCUUCACAUUGAAAAGUGCAUCAUCGGAUCACAUAAACUUCGAUUUAGGAGAAAAUCCAAGGCGGAUUGCAAAGGGCAGUUACAGUGGCCCUAAAUGACCAUGGCGGAGUCUGAACGUCGGUCGGGCAAAACACCGCUGAAAAAACAACCAGAGAUAGAAGAAGUGGAGGAAGGAGAACAAGAAACAAAUGGAAGUCCGAACUCUGACGUGUCUGACACGACCAUUACACCAGGUAUUGAAACCCCUGUUGCCCAGUCAGCCACAGGUUCUCCAGAUUCUGAGACUGGAUAUGAGACAGUCUCAUCCCAAGAUGGAAAGUCUGAUAUUCAAGAGCACCAUCAGACAGUACGAACAAAUUCACAGAGUAAAAUGAAAACUUUACAACGAGCUGAGGCUUUAUGUGAUGACAGUCCUCCUCCUCCUGAUGUGAUGUACCCAAUAGAACAUCUGGAACCCAAGGAAUCAAAGACAAAGAGUGAGAGAAGGUUAGAGAAAAGUGGAUCUCAGAGCUCAGAGGCAGGAACCUCAUCAAGUUUAUCUAGAGAAUCCAGUUUAGAUACACAGUACAAAGACUCCACUGGGAUUGAUCUAGAAGAAUUUAUAAAAAGGACUUUAAAUAAAUCUGUGAAAGAUAAGAAAAUGAUUUUACAGUUAGCUAGAGAUCUCAAGAAAUUUGUCAAAGAACCAAAACAUCAGUUUCUCCAGUUUGCUGAGAUGUCGUCGUAUGAUCGUAUGCUGGUUCAUCGAAUUGCGGCGUUCUUCGGCCUGGACCACAAUGUUGACCAGAGUGGCAAAGCUGUAAUAGUCAGUAAAACCAAAAUCACAAGGAUACCUGAUUUUUGUUUUGAAGACCAUAUACAGAAGGGUGGGGAUAUGGGUACUAAAAAGAAAAUAUUACCUAGGAAAGCACCAAGUUUAGAUGAAAAAGAAAGUAAGGGUUUAGAAAAGCACUUAUUUGGUAGUAACCGUGCCAAAUCGCUGGAAGAAAGACAGAAGAGCUAUGAAGAAGCCAAAGCUAGGAUAUUCAAGAAUGGAGAGGGUGGUUCUGAAGAUUACCUGUCUUGUGCUCCAUUAGUGAGUAAUAGUCGAUCGGGUAAAUCCAGCCUUGUGAGCAGCAAGGAAGACCUUGGUUCACGUCAGCCAAGUACAGACUCCAGUGGGUAUGGGUCAUGUGAAAACACGGGUAAACAGUCUCGACUGAGCAUACAGAAAGCCAACAGCUACGGGGGCAUGCCAGGACAUCCACUGGUGAAAAGCCAUGGCUCAUCAAGCUUCUCCAAAGCAGAUUCAGUAAGCAGUGGCACAUCGGGUAGCUUUGACUGCGGGUCUGGUCGUCCAUACCCUGUGCCAACGUCCCCGCCAGGCAGCCAGUCGGAUCACUCGCCCCUCUCCCCGCAGCAGUUCCACUGGCCCUGUACCAUCACCGCACACCUCAGAGUAUCGAAAUAUUUGACAGCAGCUCCUUUACUUUGUUCAGGUGGUGGUGGACCAGGCCCAAGUUCCCAAUAUGCCUUCCUGGUAGCGAUGGACCCUACCAACAUCCCGCCUGGAAGUAUGAUAAUCAACCCACAAACAUUACAACCCCAUGUGAAUCCUGACGGGUCCUUGUAUCGGUACGAUCCAGCCCAGCCACCACCCUGGCUACCUAGUGCAGGGUCAUCAGCACAUCCAUCAACACCUUCAUCAACAUCAUUCCCAAAUAGUCUACCAACACAAUAUUCUAGUGUAUGUACCCAUGUUGAUCAAGACACAAUACAUCAGUUUUCAAACAUGCAUAUGUCAACAGACAUAAUAGAAUCCCUGCAGCAGCGUGGACCCGCCCCACACACCCAGCAGGGCUCACACAUCAUGAUGAGCACCCAACAACCCUACCAAUCCCAACCUCCGUAUAUACAGCCUACAUACUACCCUGGGCCACAAGGUGUGACAGGCCAACCAGUGCGCUACACGUAUCAGGUGCCAUAUCAGAUGCAGAGUCAGAGUUCUAUGGAUAGUCAGCCACAGCCACAUCCAGCAAGUGUGCCCCAUAUAGGACAGUACUCACAGGCCUAUGUUCAAGGUUACCCAACAACAAACUAUCCAAAUGUUGUGGUACAACAGAGUGCUUCUCAAAAUGCAGACAUGUCAGCAUCUAGUAAUGUGUCACAGACUGGAGUGUUCACGGGUCCUCACCAGGACAGUAAUGUUCCCUCAUACUCUAUACAAUACAGCCCCUAUAGCCAGCAACAGCAGCAGCAGAGCAGCUACGGGCAACAGGCCCAAUCCCCAGUGUUCUAUAGUGUAUCCUCCACUACUCCUCAGCUGGGCUUCAGCUUUACUGGGCCAACUGGCUCCACAAUUAGACCCACUACACCCCCUAGUCAAGGUAACAACAUACCAAACCCUAGCAUAGCAAUAAACAUGGCCCAACCUGUGAACUUUCAGCAGCAAGCAAGCGGGUCUGGUGGUGGGCACAGUACUGCCACCUCGCCACAGUAUGGAACCUACUACCCCCAGCUUCACCAGCAGGCAGCAGCAGCCAUCAGGCCUGUCAAUCAGGUCGUGCAAAUUGCCGGUGUUCAGUCACAUGCUACACCAGGCCCUUCAACCCAACAGCCAUUCUCCAUCGUUAGACCAAGUAUGCAAGUAGGCCUCCCUGCGGGGAACAUCCCGCCACAAGCAGGUAGUAUCGGGCAGCAUGCAAUGGGGUUCAAGGGAUACUCUAUCAACACCUGUUUCCAGAAGCAGAGUGUUGGAGGUGAUGGCAGCAAGGACACGGCACCCACUCCCACCGUGUUGCCAGGCAACCUCAGUCAUAUUACUGGUCACAUGGCAUCAGGGUCCAGUGUGAGACCACAGCAACUAGGAACGGGUGACAUGCGAAUGUAUGGGCAGACAUAUCGCCCACAGCUACAGCCUUUACAGUUUGGGCAGAGAGCCACUGGUCAGCAGCCCCCAACCCAACAGCCCAACAAACCAAGAGAGUGAUCUGACCCUGUUGGGCGUGUGAGUUCACCUCGACCUGGAGAUCUGAUAGAGCAAUGUCGUCGUCAUCGUUGUUGUCACAGGGUGCCUAUCUCUAGUUUCACAUCAUCUGCCACUGCCACAGGCACUAUCGUCUGCACUGCCGGCCGGCAAUUUCGUACCUGCGUACAGACAACCAUCAGUCGGGGAACAACAACAAUCAAAUUUUACCAUAUCACAGUUGUAAACACCAUGUUUUAGCAAUAUAGUGAAAUACAGGAGAAGCUGCCUCACCUUGACGUGUCACCAUGAUUGGGAUUGUGUACAGGUCAAGGUCACUAGACAAGGUCAACAUCUGCGAGACAUGAGCGAAUCAGGUCUCAUUAAGAUAAAAGAAAGAUCAUUAUUUUUAUAGGAAUUUUUAAAAGUGUUUUAUUCAGAGAUCAGCUGAGAUCUAAAGAAUCGGAUGACACAUUUCAAGUACAUAUAAAUGUAAAACAACUACUGAGACGCGAUGUCAUUAGAAUGAAAGAUUGUGUGUUUCAUGCAUUUGUCAGUCUUCUGUGUAGUAACUGGCUUAUGAGGCACAUUACUUUGUGAUGGAGAUGAAUUACUUGUAGACCAUUGAAGAUAACAACUGAUGGGGAUUGGGUGUUGGAUGAGCAUAGAGUCACAAGAAUCAGCUUCCUAGAAUUGGCACAUUGUGUGUUGAUAGUAGUAGACAAAAUUACACCUGGUACAUCCAUAAGACAUAUAUUAUAGCACCAAGUCAUUCCUGUAGUCUGUUGUUACAAUCUCCCAGUGAAACUCACACCAAUGUACGCACCAGUUAUGUAGUCAGUUGUAGGGCACUUUACAGGGACUGUGCAAGAUAUACCUUUCUGUUACCAGGAAGUUCAAGCCAGAUUUCUUGGUUGUUUUUAAUGUGUGAAGUGCUCAGCAGUUGGAUAUGUUGAAUUCUUUUGAACCAAUUGUAUAUUUUAGGCCAUAAGUUCAGAAAAGGGUAUCUAGAAUCAUCUGAAAAUCAUUCUAAAACAUUAUUCGGAUUUUGUUCAGUGGACGCAAAUACAUAUAUGUUCAGAUAGAAGUUACUAUUCCAUGAGCAAAAUCAGUCCUGACUAUGAGUUUGCACUUAAUGUUGUGAUGAUGUGUAUGUUAAUGUAGCCAACUGGAGACUUUGUUGUAUGUCAUAUGUAUAGUUGACUGUUGAGCAUCAUGUUGUUAUAUCACACCAGUCUGGAAUAGGAAGCUGCUAGGAUCUCCACACUGAAGCAUGCUAUCUUGCACAGCCCCUGCUGUCAUGUGCCACAUGUACCUCAGUCUUGGGCUACAUAAUUAGCCAUGUGUUUCAUUCCUUGUCAACCAAAUACACUUAUUUAUCUAACUCUGCUCUCAGACAUGGGUCAGGUUGAGCCAGCCAACCAAUGUGGAAUAUUCGAUAUCAGUUCAUAUUGUGUUUGUGAAAUUUUAUGACAAGUUUGUUGUUUUGCUGGCCCCAUGUUCAGGGUUGAAGUCAGGUAGGAACAAAUGUGAACAUCUCUCCACAGUCUGAAGCAAUCAAUAUCUAAAUUAAUAAAUUCUAAUUUUCUAUGGCUUGGCCAUCAGUUGAAUCUUGGAAAGGGAGGUUUUUUCAUAAAGUUUGAAAGCUGCCUGUCAAAAGCACUUUUGUAUCUAUCUGUUGCACUUGAGUCUGUCAUAACUCUUCAUAUGAAGGGAUCAUGAUGAGACACCGCAGCUGGUUGGAGACUGUGGAGACGUGGAGUUAGAGUAUGUUUAUUACUUUAUGCCUUCAUCUCUUGUUGGUUUGCACAAUGUAUGUCCGGACUUGUGACUUCUUGGUGCAAUAUUUACUUGCAAUGUUCCUGUCACUUACACUUGUGUUCCUAACCGUCAGUGUCAUGGUAAAAUCUGAGAAUAGAACUGCUGAUAGCAAUAGGGAGAACAUCGAAUACACACCCUUUAAACAUUUUACAAUAUUCAUUUCUUUUUUAAAGCCUCUUUGACAUGCUGAAACAGCUGAGACUGUUGAAAGUAAAUAACAUGGAUUUUUGACAUCAAUUGUUGUUCUAAAUUUAAUCAUUUUCAUUUUGAGGGUAAAUGUGUACUGAAACAGUAUGUAAAAGUUAUAAGAGUGACAUUUCUUGUCAUUAUUUUUCUAAAUUACGCUUUGUAUUGGUGCAGAGUAUUGAUCGUUUAUGAUGGCAGGGAUGGCUGCUCUUAUCACCUGUUAAGAUUAACAAAGAGUGAUUUUAUAAUCUAUUUGUAGUAAGUAUGCUAUCACCUUGAUCAUCAUGCAGUUACUUCAGUUUUAGCAACUGUUUUUAUGGCUCAACAUAUUACACAAGUGUUAAGAAAGUUCAUUCAGUUACGAAUGACUUCUCAAAGGUUUAUCCGAUUCUGAAAUUGCAUGCUGUUGGCAAAUCUGCCUCAAAUUUGACUUGUAUAUUGCUGAAGAAGUGAAAAAUUUUAUCAAAAUGUGUCAGUUUACCUUCACCACCUAAGUAAUUUUAUGUUGAUCAAGUGAUGCAUGUUUACACUUGUUGAAAAUGUUAUUAUAUUUGAAGUCAGUUUGUUACUUUAUUGAUAUAUUUUAGAUUUACCCAUUAGAAUCAUUUGAAAGGAGCGUUGGCUGUUAUGAAAUUCUGACAAAUUUUGUUUGACAUACAGGACAACUAUCAGAAGUAUUUUUGAUGCAUUUCGUAGUGAGUAAAUGAUAUGUUCAUCUUGCUACAUCAGUUCUUCCAGUAAUAGACAAUGUUAAAUAACAGAGAGUUGCUCAAUUAUCAAAACACAAACUUAAUUUUCCUAUGCUGCCAACUUGUGGUUGAUGUUCAGAUAUUUGCAGUAUGGUCGGUACAAGAUAAUUGCAGGAAUUUUUUGCGAGACCAAAAUUCAACAGUCACAAUUAUUAGUGCAUGGUAUCAUUGAAAUAAAGAUCAGUUUAUUGUAUCAGUAAGUGAAUCAGAGUUUAACAUUGCAUUGGCUGUAUCUCUGCCUUAGAGCAAGUAAUAUGAGAUAUUUUUAGUUAAUACUUGAAUAUCGUUAAAGAACUGAAAACCUUACAACUGAGGCAGAAUAAAUCUGCCUUAUUUAUGUAUGAGUCAUGAAAUGAUAACGUUCCACUUUUGAGCUCUUUGUGAGUAUUCUACUGGGCUAAUGUUAGAGAUGGGCAACAUGUUGGAUAUAAAUCUGAAAGUCCGCCAUAUGAUCGUACAACUAGUUGUAAAAUAUAUCAUCUUUUCAACAAAUUUAAUAGUGUUGUUACACACUGUGUGUAGUAAUGAAAUCAGUCAAAUAAGUGUCAACUGGUUUACAAGAAUCAUCAAGUUCUACAAGUAUAUAAGUACAUGAGAGGAUUUGUGUACUUAAUGAAACUGAUCAGAUCUGACAACUUUGUGGAGCUAGUGUGGACACAGACCCAUUACUACACACACCAAUCUGAGUAGAUUUCAUCUGCCCGGUGACACUUUCCAGAUGAUCAUAGUGUAUAGAGUAAAUUAAAAGACAUUCAUUCUGCAUCUGUUACAGAAACGGUACUGUAUAAAGGUAUUUAAUAUGAAAAAUAUAAAGGUAUAUCUUUCAUUCACCCUUUCAUUAAAUGGCUACAAUAGUGCCACUUCUACAGAGGAAAAGGCUUCUUGGAAAAAGUAAUUUUCAAGUCGAUAGGGACUAUCAGUUUGUGCUGUCUGUGAGACUUACAGAGCAGUCGCUAUAAUGGGCAUGAUCACAAUUGAAUAUGGAGAGGGGCAACUGACUGGUGUGUGCCCAGUGCUUUUACUUUGGCAAGAAAUAUCAAGACUGUUGGGGGAUUUAGUGACAUCCAUAUGUGAGAGACUUAAGUAAUGUACCAUGCAGGUUCAUUAAAUCAUUAUAAUCUGAUUGUUGAUGACAGUGAAAGUUUUUAUGAGAAAAUAUGUCUUGAUAUGUAGCUUUGAUGCGACCCUUGGAUGUGAUCUUGAAUUGCAGAUGUAUGGAACCUAAAUGUCUUGGGUUGUAAGGGAGUACAGUGUACUUGGUUACUGAACACAGGUGAAAACAAAAGAUUGUGAUACUUUCACUUGAUUGUGAUGUUCCUUUUGUACAGUGAUGUGAACCAGUGCAUGGAGAGCAGAUGGUAUUCCAAGUCUGGCAGUCAAGCUCACACCCUAGGGUGCUGUAUUGUAGCAUGAGAUCUCAUGUACAGAUAGUCUCUCUGUCCCUUCUCCCUCCCUCCCACUGUACAUAGAAUUAAUUUCUCUCUCCCUCAACCCUACCACCUGUGUGAUGAUUGCCAGUGGUCCAUUACUUGUGUCCUGUCGUCGCUGACAACCUCCAUACUUUUGAUAUGUUUUCUUAUCCUAGCAUUGUGUGACUGCAUUGUGAUGUAACGGUAUGUUGAACACCAUGCACCUCCUUCCCCUCCAGGGUUACAAGUCACAUUGCUAUCCAAUCAUGCAAGCCAUUGCCACCGGCUACAAGUACAGUUAUUUGCAGCAGCAUUCGGUAGUGAUAAUUUAUCAAGAUUUCUCCUUGUCAAUGCAUUAUCUCCACCGCAGGAAGGGUUCAAAUUGUUAAUCAGAACUAUAUUUUAAAUAGUACAGUGAUGUGAGGGAGUUAUUUGGCUCGGGCUCAACGUUUAUAAUGAUAGUAUCAUCGUGAAGGUAAUUCGAAAAUAUCAAGCAUAUCUGUUAUUUUAUCCAGGUCUCUUGAGUACUCAUUAUUCCAUCCUGUUUGUGUCAGGUCCAAUUUUCAUACCAUGUCUACAGUUGUCUGUUGAGUUGCCCUUGCAUACCGGUGGUUUACAUAUAGAAGUAUUGUCCAUGUUCACCUACUAUGCACAUGAUUAUGUAGUGUAGUUGGUUGUAGUUAACCCUUUCAGUGAGAGACACUCUAACACAGUGCGUUUAUUUGGGAUUUGUCAUUGUAAGAGUUAGGUCUACCUGUGAGUGAAGCAUCUUGGUGGGAUAAGAAUGAUGCUCUGAUUUGAUCGGAGGUCAUUAUAUGAAUUAGUAUUAAAUGACACAACCUCUUGACAAUUUCUUACAUGCAAGUGUCAGAAGGCUAGAUUGCUGUUAGUCCUGUGACUCCACAGAGAUAGACAAUCACACUGAGAGGUUACCUGUGCCAAAACUGUCAGAAAGUGCUACCUAGUUCUUAGUUGUUGUUCUUGCUGUGUCUAAGUUGUCUGCUUACUCUUGUACAAGAUAUUGUGUCCAUUAUUGUUGUUGUUUGUAGCUGUUGUUAGGGAGGAAGUAGAAUCCUUGUUGACACUCAAGGCAGACACUGUUGUGUGAACAUAGUAUGAAUCUUGUGACUCAAUCUACCAAGAAGUGGAGCUGGUUGAGGACUCUCUCCAUUCUAAUACCUGUUGAUGUAGGCAGACAGAAGGGGAAGGAUAAUAUAUUGUCAGAGGUACUGGCACAAAUACGCAAAUCUAUUGAUAACCUAUUCACUAGUAAAUUAUCUAUUUAAACGUGUGAUCUCAAUACUGUUCAGGAGGUUGUUUUCAAAGUCUACUCUAUAGUCCAAGAGUGUUCUUUUAAUCUUCUGGUUAAUGCAGACAUUCACAUUGUGAGGAGGUUACCAAUAGAUCUUCAGUUUCUGUUUGCAUAACCUCUGGGUGUUGUCACAGAAAAUCUAUGUAUGUUAGAGACAAGUUAGGAUAGUCCCAAAUGUUUUCCAGCUGGUAGUUUAGCCUAGUUUCAAUGGUGGCUGUGACCCUGGUGGGAAGGGAUGUGCUAUAGUUCAGCUAUUCUACAGUUGAGUCUGGGUUAUCUAUUUCAUGUUGUAUUGCGUUGACUCAGUAUUGUCAGCCCACUCUGGAACUCCCAUGCUCUAGUAAAAUUUAUUUGCCUGUU